UCAAGGUAUUCCACUAGCCACUACUGACAGUUCAUGUACUGGAGGUGAUUUAUCAAGGUAUUCCACUAGCCACUACUGACAGUUCAUGUACUGGAGAUGAGUUAUCAAGGUAUUCCACUAGCCACUACUGACAGUUCAUGUACUGGAGGAGCUGAUCUCUGGAAAUAAUAGUCAACGGUGUUGUGAAUGUCAACCAUUUACCAAACUUCAACUGGAUGUUAGAAAUGGCAGAAGCGGCGAAUUUGACGAUUCGAAAUAAAUACGAUCCAGUUUAUCCUAAUCAGUCCCUGAACAUCGACGUAAAACUGAUGGACAAUAUAAACCAAACGACGGUUCUUAAAGAAAUAAUCAAAUAUCCACGUGGUGUCACCAUAUUUGCUGCGGUCUGCUGUAUUAUAUUCAUUAUUACUGGGUUGCUAGGUAACCUCCUCACAAUCCUCGCCCUCUGCCGGAGUGUGAAGCUGAGAAAUGCCACCACAGCUUUUGUAGUCAGCCUUUGCACAGCCGACUUUUUAUUUUGUGCGAUCAACUUACCCCUAACGGCGUCGAGAUACAUACACCAAUCUUGGUUGCUAGGAGAAACGAUGUGCUCUUUGUUUCCAUUUUUCUUCUAUGGUAACGUUGGCGCCUCCUUGAUGUCCAUGACUCUGAUUACCAUCAAUAGGUUCAUCUUGAUCAACCAUCACAAUCUGUACGAUAAAGUCUACCGGAAACACUACGUGGCUCUGAUGGUCAUCUUCAGCUGGAUAUUUAGCUUUUCAAUGCUGAUACCUACCUUAGCGAGUACCUGGGGAAAAUUUGGUUUGGACGAGGAGACUUUUUCGUGUACCAUUUUAAAACGCAACGGUCGUUCUCCCAAAAAGUUCUUAUUCAUUUUGGGUUUUCUGAUUCCUUGUAUCGUGAUAAUAGUUUCCUAUUCCUGCAUUUUUUACAAGGUACGAAACAGCCGAAAAAAUAUUGAAGCCCACAGCCCAGUCAGCCCGACAACCCCUACUCCCCUCAUGAAACAAAGCACCCAACGAAAAGACGAAAUCCGAUUAACUCGUAUGAUGCUCAUCAUCUUCUGUUCUUUCAUCCUUUGCUUCCUUCCCUUGAUGAUUGUCAACGUGUUCGAUAGUAAAGUGAGGUAA